AUGGCGUCCGCAGCAAUUGUCGUCGGUCUUGUAUUGUAUGAUGCAAGGAGCCUGGCAAAGAGGAGUCUCCCAACGAAAACAGGGAAGACACCGAACCUGCUUCACAUGGUCCAUCCUGCUGAGGUGGUACCGCUGUCACUCUCCAUGGCCAUUCUGGCCCAGGGGGUAGUCUUUCUGUCAGUCCAAGCCAUAGGAGUUGACACCAUCAUGAUCCAAGAUUGUCGAGCGAUCGGCCAAUUGGUCUUUCCAGCGAUCUGGAUCGUCGGAUUUGUUGUCCUCGUGCUCGGAAUCGAGACGGUCUAUAGGAGCCUCCGGAAGGAUCGAUUUGCGUCUCGUGGUAGAUGGAAUAUCAUAAUAUGCUGGGUCGCGGUGGCUGUCAUGCUGCUUCUCACAUGGAUCCCUACGAGGGCUCGUCCAAGGGCGCAUGACAGAUGUCGUGCUAUUCUUCUGGUCUUUGCCCUUCCGUGGGCCGACGUGGCUUUUGGAAUCACACUUGCGCUGAUCAUCUUGUACCUUGUCAUGGGCGCGAUAUUGGUGGCUCAGCUGCUCCGCACAGUCAAGUUGGACCGCACGGAGAGGAUUGCUGCCAGCCGGAUGGUUUUCACGUCUCAGUAUAUUGAUCCGUUGCUGACCUGGCAGUCCUUUGUCAUACCUCUCUGGGGGCAGGUUACAUUUUCUCGACGCUCCCAAGUGACCUUCAUGAUGGCGACAAUCGCAUUGAACGUAUUCGGAAUUGUCAACUCAUUUUUCCAUCUUCUGCUUCGAUCAAACGCGGAUAGCAUGGCCAUUCGUCCCCCGGCAACAUCAUGGCAGGGGAACCGGAAAUGGAAAUUCUUCGGUUCGAACGCGCUGGACAUUGGGCAUCAUAUCACCAGCCCAGUGGCUUUGCCGGACGACAGUGCAACUGUGUCCCGAAGUUCUUCGAAGAGAGACAAGAGCGAUGUCGAAGCUGCCGGCCAAAGCAAACCGGAUGCUAAUAAGUCUCUGCCCCCUCCACCGCUGUUAACGGUGCCAAAACACUAUCAGAAAAGAUCUCAAUAUUCGGUUUUCCCGACGAAGGAGAGCACUCGACAAUUGUUGCGGCCACUGCAUCCACCCUCAAGCAUCUACGAGGAUGAUGAGAACUUGUUGCGUCCGCCGGAGGCUCCUUUUGCCAGCCAUCAGCGGCAUUCCUCGGGUGUCAGUAUGGCUACGGUCCAGAUAGGACUUCGGUUGAGCAAUGUGAGCAUUCCAGCGAUGCGCUUGUCGAAUCAAAAAUUCUAUCGGCCAGCAAGUCCGUUGACUCUCGGUCCGUCGGGCCUUCGAGAAGAGAGCAUUCGUUUGUCUGCCCAGUCUUUAGACGUUCCCGUGACACUCAGAUCGCCAACGUCUGAGCCAAACUCAGUACCAGAAAUUUGGGUACAGAAGACGGAAGUGACGGAUGAUUCCACAGCGAAGGCAAAACCAAGUGUGAAGAAACCCAUUGACCGAUCGGCGACGAUGAAGGAUCUACCACCCCAUCCGCCAUUGGAGUUUAAGAGCAACAAAACAAAGCAGGCAGAAAAGGUCCUUGAGUCAAGGCCCACGACUGCAUCUUCCUCGGCGCAGACCGAGCAGUGGCCUUUACGCAAUUCGCAGGAUAUCCUGUUACCGAAAAAGGCAUACCGGCCGAAUGAAAACAGUCGGGACGGAUGGAUAUGA